UCACAGCGGAAGACGGUUCUCUUUGGCUGAAGCAGCAUGGUUCCUCCCUGUAGGCAGUGUGGACGUAAACAAGCGGCUCACCUCUGAACGCGGAUACGGUCACAGCGUGUUAAAGCUCCAGACACAAGCUGCUGUUAUACAUGGCGCUCAGGCUGUGCGGACGGGUCCUCGGACGGGUCCUCGGAGGGGCCACCACGCUGCUCGCCUGCGCUGCACAGGGACAUGCGGGAAACGCCGCCUGCAGCCGAGGAGGCAGGACGGGAUUUAUCUUCACUCCCGCUUGCUUUAUUACAUCAGAGGCAUUUCUCAACAGACUGAUGAAAGGCAAAGCAGCAGAGGCAGACGGCAGUCUUUAUCGCCUUCCAGCCUCAGUUCCGCCCGACAGCGCUGAACAAUUAUCUUUGUUACUGAGACAUCCAGAUCAGCCUGACAACUCAAAGGUUUUGAAAGUGGCCAUAAUUGGGGCCCCAAAUGCUGGGAAGUCCACGUUGUCCAAUCAGCUCCUUGGCAGAAAGGUGUUUGCUGUGUCCAAGAAAGUGCACACUACGCGGUCAAGAUCCCUGGGCGUCCUAACAGAGGACGAUACACAGAUAAUUUUACUGGACACUCCUGGUCUCACCACUAUAUCAAAGGUCAAAAGACACCAGCUGGAGAAGACUUUGCUCGUGGAUCCCUGGAACACGGUCAAAGAAGCCGACCUAAUGGUAGUCCUGGUGGAUGUGUCGGACAGAUGGAUGUGCGGCAGGCUCGACUUUGAGGUGCUCAAAUGCCUGGCCCAGCACCCUGACAUCCCUGCAGUCCUGGUGCUCAAUAAGGUAGACCAGGUCAAGGCCAAGGACAGGCUGCUGGACAUCACAGCAGUGCUGACGUGUGGAAUGGUGAACGGACGCAGGAUGCACGUCAGGCCGGUGAUCAAGCCUCCGUGGGCUGAGAAGAUGCCAGAGAGGGAUUUGGAGACAGCGCUUGACGAGGAGAGCACGGAGCCCGAAGGCGGCGGCGCCGAGCCAAACUCUGGACUGAGGAAAGAGCAGCUGGAGGCGCUGAAGAGCCAGCAGGGCUGGGCUCACUUUAAGGACGUCUUCAUGCUCUCUGCUGUGGACAGAGAGGACGUGGAGACGCUGAAGAAAUACUUUAUUGUCGGGGCCAAGCCGGGGUCGUGGCAGUACCACAGUGAGGUACUGACUGACCAGAGUCCAGAGGAGGUCUGCACCAACACCAUCAGAGAGAAGCUGCUGGAGUAUCUGCCCCAGGAGGUGCCCUAUUCAAUGACACAGUCGAUUGAACUCUGGCAAGAUGGAGAAAACAGCGAUCUGGAUAUUUCUGUGAAAGUUUAUGCCAAGAAAGACACUCACAUGAGGAUGGUGAUAGGCACAGCUGGCCAGAUGGUAGCGCGCAUCGCCCGAGAGGCGGGUGAGGACCUGAGCCGGGUCUUCCUGAGGGAAGUCAGGCUGAAGCUCUCAGUCAAGCUGAGGAAGUGAAGAGAGAGAAGGAAGGACUUUAAAUGGUGAAGAGGUGAUUGGAGAUGACUCUUCUUGUAUUUUUCAUCUGCAAAGGACGGACCCAAAGAGUGGAACAAAGGAUAAGUUCUCAUCAUGAGUCAGACGUGGAGCUGUGAGGUGGCAUGAGUCCACAGUCCCAGACCUCCCACUGAGAUGGACCCGUUUAAAAGGACUCUAAAUGUUGACAUUUGCAGCCUCCUUCUUCAUUCAUCAGCAGCAUCCUUUCAUGCAGUCCCAGAAGACAUUAUUAAAGUUUUUUUAUGUUGAGAUGUUACUUAGAAGUUUCUGUUAUUAUAAUGAUUAUAAAAGUGUACUUUUAUCAACUAAGAAGUCCCAAAACGUCAUUGAAAUUUGACACAUCUUAAUCUGUAGAGUGGUGAAAAUAUUCAUAUUAAAAGCAGCCCAUACAAGCUGCAAAAUA